AUGGCUGCAGCUGAAGAUCCGGCUCAGGCUCAGGCCCAAGAGGUGCCCUGGUUCCUAAAGACAUCAUACCCCGUCCUUUUCCCUACCCACGAUGCCUUGUUUAAAUCGCCUGCCGUCUUUGACAGUUAUCUCUUCGAUGAACUGCGGGGUGAAUAUGGGGUGAUGUCAAUGGAGUCCCUGAAAAUGGAAGACUCGAUGGACGGCAUCACUCUGGCUGACAAAGAGAAGGAAUCAGCCCAAACCGAUCGGAAAAGGGAGGACGAAGAGUUUCUCAACCGCAUGUUGACGGAGAACUCGGACGUCGCCUUUAUAUCUACUCAAAAUGCACUGGUCGACCUCUUCUUCGAAAUGGAAGAAGCCGUUUCUGGUCCUCGGCUGAAGGAGCUGCUCGACGCUGCCUGGGCUGUACACCCACUCAUUACUCUGAAAGUCAUCUUCAAUGCGCGCUCAAUACACCUGGGCAAGAGCUCGAAAAACGUCUUCUACCGUGCCGCAGGAUGGCUGGCGCAAAACCACCCGCUCACGCUGGCUGGUAACUUGAGAUGGCUUAGCCGGCCCAUCAUCGAGAAGAAGGUCCAAAAGGAGGGUGAGAAUGAUGAAGGAUUUAUCAAGGUGGAAAAGCGUGAGGGAGAUGAGAACGCGGUAGAUCAGUAUGAUGUUCGGCACGGAGUCUCGCAUGGUUACUGGAAAGACGUGUUGAAUAUCCUUGUUUUGGCGAUGGAGAAGAAGCUGGAUGUGCUUGAGAACCCCAGGGAUGUCUUGAAUGUGGAAGACGAGGAGAUCAAGAACUCUGUGCUGGCGAGACGGAAAAGGAAGAAGGAUGGUGUGAGCUCUUCGCCGCCGAGAAGAAGGACCGCUCGAUCAGCCAAUUCAGCAAAACGCGCAGCCGCCAUUGAGGCUGCUAAGCAGAGGGCAAAGGCCAAGGAGAUGCGAGCGAAGCCCAACAGACACAUCUUGGAAGAUCAGACAGUCCGCAUUGGAAACCCCGAAUUCGCUCAGCAAGUCGCGGCCUUUGAGGAGUCUCAGGCAAGAGCUGAGGCGGCUCGAUUAAGGGCUGUGAAGCGAGAGCUGAAAGCCACACAGCCGACACAUGCCCUGGAGGAAGAGACGGUACGGAUAGGAAACCUCAAGUUGGCCAGGCAUCGGGAUCGAGAUGAUCGGCAUGCGGCCUCCAUGGACAGGUUCAACACCAAUGCCGUUUACCGAACUUUACAUGUCACUGUUGCGCGACUCUUUGCUGAGCAGCUUCACUCUGACUUGGCUGCUCUCCGGGACUCUGAUCCCAGAGCCAAAAGGGGCAUCUCGCUCUGUGCAAAAUGGGCUCCUUCACAUGGCAAUUUCCACGACAGACACACCUGCAUCAUCAGCUCCAUCGCCGAGAUCCUGUAUCCCCAAGAGUCGCUCGCCAGUGUGGUCUCUGCAGCGGAUAGUCGGGAGGUAUAUCUGCGUUACGCACGAGAGCAGUAUCGCAAGGACGUGUCCGCCCUGAGAAAGCACCUCGAGGUCGUGGAGCGGGAUAUUAGCGCCUGUACCUUUGACAAUAUCAAGUACGACCGCGUGCCGUCUAUUGCCAUGAAGAACUACACUCGUCUCUUCAUUGACAAGGACAUGGAUCGCUUCCAAGAGUACGUUGGCAAGGUUUCCGAGGGAAAGGCCAAUAUCUCGGGCGCCGUCUUAUUGCCCUCUACACUAGUUUGCACUGCAGCGAAGGCUCCCACAUACACUCCGAAGAAUCUGAGCCAACAGGAGCUAUUAAAUCGCACCAUAAAGGAAAUGGAGGCCAAGGUUGCCGACGGCCAGUGGAAGACGCUUGUUCAGCGGAUAAAGGACUCGGGCACUCUGUCUUCGUGCAUUGCGGUGUGCGAUGUUUCUGGAAGCAUGGGCAGCCCUGUCUUCAAGGACGGCACCACGCCCAUGCACUCUGCGGUUGGACUGUCUCUUUUGGUUGCGGAGGUGACUGAAGAGCCGUUUGGCGGCAAGUUCAUCACGUUCCACUCGCAGCCGUCAAUGAAGUCUAUCAAUGUGAACUGGACGUUUCCCGAGAAGGUUCAGCAGAUUAUGGCUGCGGAGUGGGGUGGGAACACGGAUUUCGUGGCUGUUUUCGAACAGUUGAUUCUGCCCCUGGCCAUCAAAAACAACCUGAAGCAGAAGGACAUGGUGAAGCGCGUCUUUGUAUUCAGUGACAUGCAGUUCGACCAGGCAGAGAGCAACUACGGCUAUUACGUUUCGAACGGACCUCAAAAACCGGAGGCAUGGGCGUCGUCCUAUGAUAGGAUCAAGGCGAAAUACGAGGAGCACGGUUACGAGCUGCCGGAGCUCGUGUUUUGGAAUCUCGCGGGUGGGAGAGCGGGUGGGACUGCGCCGAAGCCGGUGCUUGCGGGGGAGGCGGGCACGGCGUUGGUGAGCGGAUAUUCGCAGGGCAUGUUGAAGGUGUUUAUGGAUAAUGGAAUGUUUGAGGUCGAGGAGGAGGAGGAGGAGGAGGGAGAAGUAGAUGUGAAGGAUAAGGAUGAAGAUGAGGAUAUGGUGGGGAUUACGGCGACUGAGAAGCCGAAGAAGAAGAAGAUGAAUCCUUUGGCGACGGUUAAGAAGGCGAUUUCGCACAAGGCGUACGAUAUGCUUAAAGUAAUGGACUAA